CGUAGCACAAACCAGUCACAGUUUGCGAUACUAAUACACAAUAAAAUGGAUUUUUAUGCUGGAACAUUGUUCACCCUGUUGAUGCUAGCUUUUGUCAAUACAGGUGAUAGCCAAGCAUAUGAUAAAAAAUACCUGUUUGUCUCGUACGGCCAUGCCGCUCAGGUCAAUUGCAAUUUGAGAGAGAACGAUUUAAACGUAACACUAUACGUAAAACGAUACAAUCCGACGGCUAGAAAAGUUGUCGUGGAUAACGUGAAGUGGACCGAGCAAAAUGGCUUGUUUACUAUGCAAGGAGUGCGUCCCCUUGAUGGUGGGAAUUAUUUCUGUAAGGUGGUGAAUAUAUCUGGACAUGAAAGAAUAACAACAAACGUUUAUGUAAUCCCCAUUGUUGCACCUUCGACAAACAAAUUCAAACUUGAUGUAACACCUCACAGUGUCUCACUACACUACGAAGAUUAUGCAAACAUAAGUUGCAGUUCGUUUGGCAAAAGAGAACUCAAGUGGUAUAAAAUAGGUCCUCGUGAGAAGUUGAUGGACGUCGAUAAUGAAGAUAUCAUUGAUGAUGAUCAUUAUGAUACAGACGGUGGAACUCGUUUGUAUCACAGUAGAUUGAUCUUGUCACUCAAAGAUGUGACCAAUCAGAAUGCUGGAAGGUACAAAUGCAUCGCACGGUCUAAUGGACAGGAACUUGCAAAAAAUGUUGUAGUCAUCGUGAGAAAUCCAAAGAAACCAGUAAUCCGACAUUUCCCUCCAGUUGUGAUUGCCAGUGAAGGCAUCUCUGUUACAAUAAAAUGUAAAAUUAAAGGAAGUCCCAGACCAAAGAUGACUUGGUACAAAGACGAUCGACUCUUAGCCAUUUGUGAAGGAGGCAGAUCUCAAAAAUGUCAAUCGUUUACAAAGUUAAAACUGAGUUCAAGAAAAAUACAAUGACUCUGCAUCGGUUGUCUUAUAGACGGAACGAUGGUACUUACAUGCGAAGUUGAAAAUUUCGUGGGAAAAGCUUUAUCUUCGACAAAACUAAAUGUUUUUAGUAAGCCAAAGCUUUCAAAACGCUCAGAUAUCAACUUCAAUAAAAUCGUUUCUAUCUAUUAUUCGCGAUCCCGAAAAGUCCUGCUAUACUGCGAUGCAAAGUUGUCAGCGGUAAUCCAAAGCCUGUCAUCAGUUGGGAAUUUCAAUCUUUUGACUGUUUAAAGAAUACAUUUGCAUGUAAGCCAAAGGAACAGAAUUGGAAAAAGUUUGUUAAUGGAGGUAAGAAAGAACACGAGUUUGUAGUGCAGCCACCAUUUGGAGCUGGAUUUUAUCGGUGUGUAGCCACAAAUUUAGUUAGCAGAGACUAUCAAGUAUUUGCUGUGACACGCACAGUGAAUGACUCCUCCAGACGAAGAUAUCUUUAGAUAACUGUUUGCUGUUCACAAUUAAAUGAAUAAUGUGGCAAAUAAAUUGUUUUUGACACAUGUUCAUAAUUUAACAUGCAAUAAACAAUAGCAGAAAUCUGUUUUUAUUUAAUCUGAAGAUGUAUCAAAUCUCGGGUUCUCGUGAUAGCCAUCGCCUUCGGUUGAGAAUGGCCAAAUUUGGUCUUAAUAGUUUCUUGCAAUUUGCAUGACCUUACUUAGUUAUUGUUGAUCUCUACACACAUUCACUCGUCGAAAUAUGUAAUUGAUUAUUCACAUUAAAUUUAGUUGUUAAAUUAAAAGUUUUUAUGAGCGCAUGAGAAAAUUUAAAACUGUGAUAAUAUACAUUAUACAGUAA